UUAAUUAAAUGAUUAUAUAAAAUUUAUACAUUAUGAAAUCUUAUCUCUUAUAUGUGAUAAUUUUAAAAUUUAUUGUUACCUAUCAGAUUGAGAAGGGCGAUGUAUUAAUUGCAGAAGAGUUUAUCAAUUAUAUAAAUAAAAGUCCAUCACCUUGGCAUGCUGUUGAUGCAACAAUUAAUGCCUUAAAAAAAUCAGGAUUUGUUGAACUAAAAUUAGAUCAAAUUUGGCAAUUAAGAAGACAAGGGAAAUAUUUUUUGACUAAAAGUAAAUCAACACUUUUAGCCUUUAUAAUCGGAGGAAAGUAUAUAAAUGGAAAUGGGUUUUCAAUCAUUGCAGCUCAUACUGACAGUCCUUCCUUGAGAGUUAAACCUAUAUCAAAGAAAACAAAUAAAAAUUAUGUUCAACUGGGAAUUCAAACAUAUGGUUCUGGAAUGUGGUAUUCAUGGUUUGAUAGAGAUCUUACUCUUGCUGGUAUAAUAACAUCUCAAAAAAAUUCUUCUAUACAGUUUAAUCUAUUCAAUGCAAAUAAACCAAUACUUAAAAUCCCCACAAUAGCUACACAUUUGCAUUCAUAUCAAAAAGAGUUCUCUAUAAAUAAUGAGUUUCAUCUAGUACCCAUUCUAUCUCUCAAGCUGGAGGACAAGGAGACCAAUGAGACAUCCAAUCAUCAAAAUUCAUUAACUUCCAGUUCCGACUCUAUCAAAAAAACUUUGAAUCAAAAAUAUUUUUCCGACGGUCACGAUCGGAACCUCAUGGAGUUUAUCGCGAACACCCUGAAUUUGACUUCGCCCCACCAAAUAUUGGACAUGGAUCUAUGCUUAGCCGAUACUCAGCCCGCGACUUUGGGAGGACUCAACGACGAAUUUAUCUUUGCUCCCAGAUUAGACAACUUGUUUGGAAGUUUCACAGCGUUCAAAGGGUUUUUGGAAUCUUUGAAAGGCUCUUCCUCACUGAAGCACGAAACCAAUGUACGCGUCUUAGCGCUAUUCGACCACGAAGAAGUAGGAUCGAGGAGUAACCAAGGGGCGGGAUCCUCCUUUACGAAGUCGGUACUGAGAAGAUUGGCUACCUCGCCCUUAUCUUCGCUGGGUGACGAAACAAAUUCUGACGGGGGUUAUGACGAUGCCUUCGAACGGGCCAUAGAGAAAUCGUUUUUGAUAAGCUCGGACCAAGCCCACGCUGUGCACCCUAACUACGUAGAGGCCCACGAAUCUAAUCAUCAGGUGAAAUUGGAUGAAGGCUUGGUUAUUAAAUAUGACGGUGACCAAAGAUACUCUACUACAGCUUUGACGGCUUCUGUACUGAGACUCAUAGCCCAGGCCAAAAAUAUACCGCUUCAAGCUUUCAUAAAUCGCAACGAUGAAAGGGGCGGAUCAACUAUAGGUCCCAUUCUAUCUUCACUCUUAGGAGUUAGAACUAUUGAUGUCGGAGCCCCGCAAUUAUCGAUGCACUCUAUCCGAGAAACCUGCGCUACUGUUAGCGUCAGCCAAGCCAUUAGACUUUACAAAGAAUUUUACGAGAAUUAUUCCAAACUGAAUUUGUCCGAAAUUCGCUGAGAUGGAGUGUUUCGAUUAACUUAUCUCCGCUUCGAUUUUUUUUUUAGAAUUUUUUAAUGCUUUUUAAAAUAAAAUUAUAUUUAAUAAUAAAUAUCAAUUUUAAAGUCUACAAAAAUAUUAUUUAUUUUUUUAAAGAUUAUGUCAAUAAUUUUUUUUUAAAAAAGUAAAAAUAUUUUGAUUCAAUCAUGCAAAAUAUCGAUUUAUAAAGAAUUAUUUAAUAAUUUAAGUUUUUAAAACAACGUUUUUACAAUUUGUAACCUUUUUUUUAAAAAAAAAUAUUCAAUACUGACUCCAUUUUAUAGGAGGUAAUGUGUUAACAUUAAUUAUGUACCUCAUAACUUGUUUACU